UUUGGUUUGGAAGAUCCGGAUGCUGCUGCUGAUUUUACCGUGUUCAUCAGAUCCUGGGGUUGGAUUCUGCGAUUCUGAAGGAGGUCAAGUUUCUGGUCCCUCCUGCACUGUACGGCCUGCCCAGCGCUCCUGGUCAGAGUUUACCAGUUUAUGUACAACCUUGUUUCCAGGGACAGUAACGUUUAGGAAGGAGAUUGUGGCACUGGAUGUUGAUCCCAUUUUCUUUGGAGUGAAGGAGGUGUGACAAACUUGGAACGACGGCGUCCUGUGAGUAGGAAUCCCACCUGGGAGAACAUCAUUAUGGCCGGAACCCUUUCAGUAUACUGCUUCAGUCGCGGAAAGCUAUGCUGCCAGAGUGUGCAUGGGUUUACAAGAACAACAAAAGAUGAAUAAAUCUCUGGAGUUGGUGUCAUUUGAGGAUGUGGCUGUGGACUUCACCUGGGAGGAGUGGCAGGACCUGAAUGAUGCUCAGAGGACUUUGUACAGGGAUGUCAUGCUGGAGACCUACAGCAACCUGGUGUCACUGAAACACUACAUUAACAUAAGUGAGGUGAUUGUCAAGUUAGAACAAGGAGCAGAGCCAUGGACAAUGGAAGAAUGCCCAAACCAGAUCCUGCAAGAUAUCCAGAUAGAUGAUGACCUAGUGGAGAGAAACCAAGAAAGUCAUGGUAGAUGCUUGCAGCAAAUUGUAAUCACCCGCAGGAACACAUCAGCUGAGGAGAGAGUUGUGUUAGGAAAAUCAUUUUAUUUGAAUUCAUAUCAUGUUUUAAAUCUGAUUAUAAAUAAUGGGAAUAAUACAGGAAAGGGACAUGAGGAGUUGUUCAUAGGUCAGAAUGCACUGCUAGCUAGGGAGCCUCAUGAGACGCCUGCUGGAGAGAAGCCUGGUGACCAUGAUAUAACUGGAAAAUUGCCCAGACUUCAUGAGGACCUUAGUCAGCAUCCCAAUAUUCAAACUAGGAAGCAGCCUUUAGAAUAUAUUGGAAAAAGGAAAUCCUCCAACACAGAGCCAAUAAUAUUUACUCAUAAAAAGAUUCAUAUUGAUGAUAACACCUAUAAGUAUAAGGAAUAUGGGAAAGGCUGUGUUAACUCAGCUGUUAUUGACCAAGAAAUAGCUCGGGUAGAAAGGAAAACUUUUCAAUGUGAUAUAUGUGGGAAAAUGUUCUAUAAAAUAUCUGACCCCACUAAACAUCAGAUUAUGCACACAGGAGAGAAACUAUAUAUAUAUACUGGAUGUGAGAAAUCUUUUAUUGAGAAAUUAUACCUUACAUCAUAUCAGAGAACACCUACACAAGAGAAGCUUUAUGCUGGUAAUGAACAUAAAAUUUUAUGUCAGAAGUCACACCUUACAAUGCAUCAGAGAAUUCACACAGGAGAAAAGUACUAUGGGUGUAUUAACUGUGGAAAAAGCUUUUGUGAGAAUUUACUCCUCAGCCAUUGUGACAAAAUUCACAAAGAUGAAAUACCAUAUGGAGAUAAUGAAUGUCAAAAAUUUUUCUACUAUGAGUCUGUCCUCACUGUAUGUCAAAGAAUUCACACAGGUGAGAAGCCAUAUGAAUGUAAAGACUGUGGGAAAGCUUUUAACCGAAAGUCACACCUCAGCCGGCAUCAGAUAAUUCACACAGGUGAGAAACCAUAUGAAUGUAAUGAAUGUGGAAAAGCUUUUAACCGAAAGUCACACCUCAGCAUUCACCAGAGAACCCACACAGAUGAGAAACCAUAUGAAUGUAAAGACUGUGGAAAAGCUUUUAGCCACAAGUCAGACCUCAUUAAGCAUGAGAGAACUCACACAGGUGAGAAACCAUAUGAAUGUAAAGAAUGUGGAAAAGCUUUUCUCCAAAAGCCACAGCUCAGCAUUCAUCAGAGAACACACACAGGUGAGAAACCAUAUGAAUGUAAAGAAUGUGGAAAAGCUUUUCUCCAAAAGCCACAGCUCAGCAUUCAUCAGAGAACACACACAGGUGAGAAACCAUAUGAAUGUAAAGAAUGUGGAAAAGCUUUUCUCCAAAAGCCACAGCUCAGCAUUCAUCAGAGAACACACACAGGUGAGAAACCAUAUGAAUGUAAAGAAUGUGGAAAAGCUUUUCUCCAAAAGCCACAGCUCAGCAUUCAUCAGAGAACACACACAGGUGAGAAACCAUAUGAAUGUAAAGAAUGUGGAAAAGCUUUUAUCCAAAAGCCACUACUCAUCAUUCAUCAGAGAACUCACACAGGUGUGAAACCAUAUGAAUGUAAACACUGUGGAAAAGCUUUUAACCAAAAGUCACACCUCAGCAGACAUGAGAGAAUUCACACAGAUGAGAAACCAUAUGAAUGUAAAAACUGUGGAAAAGCUUUUAACCAGAAGUCAUACCUCAGCAAGCAUGAGAGAACUCACACAGGUGAGAAACCACAUGAAUGUAAAAACUGUGGAAAAGCUUUUAACUACAAGUCAGACCUCAACAAGCAGAGACCUCACACAGGUGAGAAACCAUAAGAAUGUAGAGAAUGUGGAAAAACUUUUAACCAAAAGUCACAUGUCAGCAGGCAUCAGAGAAUUUGCAUAGAUUAGAAACCAUGUGAAUGUAAGGGAUGCAGGAAAACAUUUUACUGGAAGACAUGAACGAGUUCACACAUGGGAGUAUCACAGUGUA